AUGAAGCGACCAAGUACUAAGAAUUUGCCAAUCGAAGCAAGACUCUUACCCUUUCGUUGCCCGUGUCGCAGUUUCAAGGACGUGAAAGUUGGUGAAGAAGCUAUGCUGGAACUCCCGGGAAUGCAAAGUGCUGUCCUGCUCGGUGUCGUCGUUGCUUCAUUUUGGCUGGUGUACAAGCUCAGCGAAGCAGCCGUCGAUCCCUUGCGUAGUGUUCCAGGGCCUACACUAGCAAGGUUGUCCCGCGUGUGGUAUUUAUCUCAAGUCCGACGAGGGAAUUUCGAGAAGAAGAAUAUCGAAUUACACGAACAGUAUGGCCCCAUUGUGAGGAUCUCUCCUGAUCAUUACAGCCUAGCCGAUCCAGCAGCCAUAAAACAAGUGUAUCGCAUCAACAGCAACUUCGAAAAGUCAGCAUGGUAUGAGGCCUGGAAGCACCCCGCUCCGGAACAGUGGACAACUUUCGCAGAUAGGAACGUGAAGCGACAUGCUGACACUCGGAGGCGGCUGCAAGGUCUAUAUGCCAUGAGUUCGGUUUCCCAGUACGAAAAGUUUGUCGACCAGACGACAGAGGUUCUCCUCUCGCGAAUGGAUGACCUGGCUGGCAAUGCCCAGACAAUCAACAUGACAUUCUGGCUUCAGUAUUAUGCUUUUGACGUGAUUGGAAACAUCACGUUCAGCACACCGUUUGGGUUCUUGGAAAAGGGGGAGGAUAUUGAUAACAUAUUGGUUGCUCUGGAGAACAACCUCUUGUACAGUACUCUGGUGGGCAUUUUCCCAGAGUGGCAUCCACGGCUAUUCCAAUGGCUUCAGAAACUGCCAGGAUCGGGUGCUGGAGCCAGAGUCAAGCUGCUUCGUUUCGUCGCGGACACUAUAUCGAUCAAAUGGGCUGAGAAAGCGCAAGUGGGCGACUCGCAUGACUUCCUCGAUAGACUAAUGGAAAUCAAUGCCAAAGAACCGGAAAAAGUCACCGAAUAUCAUAUUUUCGCGAUGGUAAUUGGCAACGUCUUCGCUGGGUCUGACACGACUGCUGUCAGCUUGUCUGCCGUCGUGUACAAUUUGAUAAGAAACCCAAAUGUGAUGCAGAAGCUUCGUCAACAGAUUGUUGAUAUCGAGCCGACGGGGAAGAUUACUUGGAAACAAUCUCAAUCCAUGCCAUAUCUCCUAGCUGUCAUCAAAGAAGCCCUAAGAGUUCACCCAGCUACUGGUCUUCCACUUUGGCGUGUCACUCCCCGGGGUGGAGCACAGAUCCUCGACCGCUUUUUCCCAGCAGGCAGUGUGGUUGGAAUAAACACUUGGACCAUGCACUACAACCAGGAUGUAUUUGGUCCCGAUGCUCAAACUUUUCGUCCGGAACGAUGGUUGACUGCAGAUGCGGAAACACUCAAGGAGAUGAACGCUUCGUACAUGCCGUUUGGACUAGGUACAAGAACGUGUCUCGGAAGGCAUAUCUCGACUCUGGAGAUGUGCAAGCUGGUACCUCGACUAGUUGUCGCUUAUGAUUUUGCCCUGGCCAAGCCGAAGAAGGAAUGGAAUACUUCGAAUUUUUGGUUCGUAAGACCAACCGACUUCCAUGUCUAUGUGACCAAAAGAAAGUCGGAAAGAUGA